CCGGCUGAGGGUAACCGCGGAGCCCGGGACUGUUGGAAAGUAGGGCUUGCGGGAGGGCGGAAGUGCUGGGUUCACGGACGCCUUCGUAAGGGCGGAAGUGCGGGCCUCAGCGGAAGUGGCGUCGGUAAGGGCGGAAGUGCGGGCCUCAGCGGAAGUGGCGUCGGUAAGGGCGGAAGCGGUGUGGCCGGGGUCGGAGCUGGGGUUCCCUCCCGGCUGGGCUGUCGCCCCUUCUGGGCCGCGGCGAUGGAGCUCAGCGCCGAAUACCUCCGGGAGAAGCUGCAGCGGGACCUGGAGGCGGAGCAUGUGGAAGUCGAGGACACGACUCCCCACCGCUGCGCGUCCAGCUUCCGAGUCCUGGUGGUGUCGGCCAAGUUCGAGGGGAAGCCACUGCUUCAGAGACACCGGAGGCCGCGUCACCACCGCUCUGUGGGAGAGGCUCAGGGAAGGAGUGUCACUUUAAGAGGCGCACGUUCCAGAUUUUCUGCUUCUCUAUCACAGCCCCGAUUGGAUCCACCCACUGCGUUCACAGAGCUGUGAUGCUGUCCCUCCCGAUUUUAUAGAGCACCUGAGGCCUGGAGAGAGGUGACCGGCGCAGGGUCACAUGGCUCGCAUAGAGACUGAGACUCAGAUGGGCCAACAGGGCGUCCAUGCAGCUGCCUCUCUACACAGGUGGUUCUCCCCCACGUCCUGAAGGGGAGUCGGGGGGUGAAUGAGGCACUUAGUCCUUGCUGUGGUCCCUCUGUGGUAUGAGGGGAGGUCUGCCGCUGUGGCCGGGACCCCCACCUAACCCCCAAAUGGAUAGGGCCAUACUGCGGGGAAGACUGGGAACUGGAAGAGGCGGACGGCUCCUGACUCAAGGUCUGCCUCCCGGGGGUCCUCCCCUGUAAACCAGGGUUUGGUUCUAAGCUUUGGCCUCCCAAAAGAUCCCCUGAUUUUGCUCCUUUGGGCUUGCAUUUGAAACACAUCCCGGAAGCGCCGUCUUAAGUGUCCCGUGAGUUCAGUUUCCCCACCAACGACGGUGACCCGUCUAGUCGGCAUGCAGCCUGGCAUGGUUGACUAGGAAAGGCAAAUUCUGAGUUGUUACGUGAAUUCUUGUGGCCCCAGGCAAGGGCCUUGUGUAGCCCAGACCCUGCCAGUUCUCAACCCACCCAAGCAAGGCGCAGCUGCCACCCACUGUGGCCUGUUCCCUUGCACCCUCCGGUGCUCAGAGGCAUCCCCCCCCCACGCCACCCGCUCCCGUCAUGGGC